CCUUCCCCCCUCGCUAGUCACACUUACCACCCGCCCUCGCCCCUCUAGGGUUUCUCUGGGUUUUUGGCCCCGCGCCGCCACGCGCCCACGCCCGACGGAUCGCCCCCAUGGCCGCCGUCGCCCCCGCCGCCGAGGCUGCGGAUUUGCUGCAGAAGCUGCCCCUGGAUCCCAAGAGGGAAGGUGGUAAGGCCCCGGAAGCGAAGGAGAAGGUGCCGGGAGCGCUGAAUGGUGCGUCGAAUGGCGUGGCUGUGUCUCCAAACCCUUCAGUGGUGUCAGCGGAUCAAUGGGCGCAGCAGGAUUACAAGGACGCCGGCAUGUAUUAUGGUGCCUACUCUGGAGCUUACUAUGGUGGAGGUUGGGGUGAUUAUUCUGUCUAUGUGAGCCAGGAUGGAGCGGAGGCACUUUCCACUGGUGCUUAUAGGGACAUGUGCUGGUAUCCUCAAUAUGGUAUCACUGCAUCUGGACAUGAUGGUCAGAUUUAUGGAUCUCAGAACUACCAGUACCCAUCCACGUAUCACCAGCCACAGACUACUGCCAGUAAGCCAGCAUACAAGGCUAAAACUGGCAAAUCAGCUCCUUCAUUAAAAGAAGAUGCUUCUACCGCAACGGCUGCUGAUGAUCAGCAGCCUGCCUUAGUUGAUGCUUCCAAAAACACUUCGGACAGUGUUGAUGGUGUAAAGGGUCUGAAGAAGGCGUCUUUGCCUCUGAAACCAAAUGGGCGUUUGGGUAAUUACCAGAAUCAGGGUACCAAAGCAGCUUAUCCAUGGUCUGGCGGCCAUACCUCUUCGGAAAAGCAUCUGAAGCUCUCUGGUGGCGGUCCUACAUCAACUGCUUCUAAUCGUAAUAACAAGGGUUUGCAUGGGCAGAACUCUGCUAUGGGACCCCCACCUUCUGGAUUCAUGAGUUCAAUAUACUCCGGUAGCGGAAUGUACAGCACAAACGCAUAUGGACCUAGCUUUUGGUAUGGGUCAAAUAUCUAUGGGCCCGGGCUAUAUGGUGGGUGGAAUGUGUUGUCGAAUGGGAAGUACAAGCCCAGAGGAAAAACCUAUGGAUCUUAUGGUUUUGGCAAUGAAAACUUGGAUGGCUUGAAUGAAUUGAAGCGAGGACCAAGAAGUGGUCUCUUCAAAAACCAACAAGGUUCUGCAGCAGCUGUUGAUGCAAAAGGACAGAAGCUUCCUACUAGUGGUGGCUCUAAUGCUGUUGUGCAGGAUCAGUACAAUCGUGCUGACUUUGAUGAAACUUUCUCAGAUGCCAAGUUUUUUAUUAUUAAAUCAUACAGCGAGGAUGAUGUUCACAAGAGCAUCAAGUACAAUGUUUGGGCAAGCACCCCUAGUGGAAAUAAAAAGAUUGACUCUGCUUAUAUAGAGGCUAAGGAAAAGUCGAGCAGUUCUCCUGUAUUCCUGUUCUUCUCUGUUAACAGCAGCGGACAGUUUGUUGGUCUCGCUGAGAUGGUGGGUCGGGUUGAUUUUAGCAAGACAGUGGAAUACUGGCAGCAAGACAAGUGGACUGGUUGUUUCCCUGUCAAGUGGCACAUUGUGAAGGAUAUUCCUAACAGCUUGUUGAAGCACAUCAUUCUUGAGUAUAAUGAAAACAAACCAGUGACAAACAGCAGAGAUACACAGGAGGUUAAGCUUGAGCAAGGCCUUCAGAUGCUAAAGAUGUUCAAGGAUCAUGUCUGCAAGACAUCCAUCUUGGAUGACUUUGGCUUUUAUGAUAACCGUGAGAAGAUAAUGCAAGAGAAGAAAUCAAGGUGCCAGCAACCGCUGGAGAAGAUCAUGAAUAGAAAGCUGCUUACCGCCAACAGCACUGAUAAUGAAGUUACCGAUGGGAAGCAGAGUCUGAAACCUGAGGUCGUAGGGGAGCAAAAUACUGUGGUGGAAAAUGGUGCGGUGGCAGUAGCUGUUAACGUGUGUCGCCCCGAAAGAUGCUAACCCGACAACUGAUGGUUUGGCUGUUAAUUUUCGCCACAUCAGCCAUUUGAACUUGGUAUAAGGGGGCAGACAGCUUAUGGUUUGGCUGUUUCUUUGAUUUUCCUUGCGAUGCUACUAGGUUGCAGAAGGGUGCAGUCUAAGCCUCUUAAGGCAAUUCGGUAUCCGGCUAGGUUUCUUUUGAUUUUGUUUCUUCUGUACCAUUUUCCCGCUGGUUGUGUCUGGGAGUCGAGUUUGGUUGGUAUGAGGUAGAGAUUAGUCGUUCCUGUUCCGGCGAGAUGCGUUGUCUUUUUUUGUCUUGUUUGGAGUUGUACCUAGGUGUGGAGAUCUUUAAGGGUUUCGUGGUGAAUGAUAGUAAUUUUGGGAUGGCUGUUUUCUUUCA